UUAGCUGUCGAGGACACGAUCAUUGUAAUUAACCCUUUUACAAAUUCUUUUCGCCUAAAGAGGUUCUCAUUUUUGUACUUUAUCUGGUUUAUCCAAAUAUGUUAUAAAAUUCCAAAAAACCAUCCAUUUACCACUUCAUUAUUCCUUACAAACAACAGAACCGUAAGCAAGGGCAUUUCAGUCAAUUCCUACUCAGCCCUCCAUUGCUUCCCUUCCCGGACCCGCCCUCCUCCUCCUCCUCCUCCUCUGUUGGCAACCUCUCUCAUAUAUGGAAAACGAAAUUUCCAAGUCUACCGCUAACGCACUCCCCAACGAUCGUAUCAAGCUCAACGUUGGAGGCAAGCUUUUUGAAACCACAAUAUCCACACUCCAAUCGGGCGGUCCGGAUUCACUCUUAUCUACUCUCUCGACCCGACCUGGCCAUGACCCGAUUUUCAUUGACCGAGACCCGGAGAUUUUCUCCGUCCUCCUUUCUCUACUCCGCUCCAACCGUCUCCCCUCCACUGCACGCGGUUUCUCCAAGCAAGAACUCGCCGACGAGGCUCUCUACUACGGCAUUGAUUCGCGCAUACGCGACGCCAUCUCUCCUCCUCCUCUCUCUGGAAUUGAUGCUUCAAUCGUCUCCACCAUCUGCCCCGCCUCUGACGGCCUCGUAUCCUCAUUCACCGCGGCUGCAGACGACGGCUCUGUCUGCACUGCUCACGGCGGCCAAAUCUCCUUCUACGAUCACAAUCUAACCCACAUCUCCACAGUCCGUACGCACCUCGAAGAUAUCACCUCUAUCCGCCACGUAUGGCCCGAUGUCGCCGUCGUCGGUUCAGAAUCCGCCGCGGGGAUCCAUUUCUACAAUUUCUCCACUGCGCGUUACAUCGAGUCAAUUCACUGGACUGACUCGACCGAUCCGAGAAUCUACAAAGCUCGAGUCAGCUCAAUCGCUGACUCAUCAAGUCAAAUCUUUGCCUCCUUUGACUGUCCACACAGAGAGAACUGCAUACUAUCAAUAGACAAAUUAACGCUUCAGAUCUCAUCAGAGAUCACGAGACAAUCGGGGAGCGCUUCCAAGAACACGGUCCCCGGGAAGCUGACGUGGCUUCCGGAGACCGGCGCAUUAAUCGGAUCGGCGGUUACAUGUGGGGCGUUUGGUUAUUCAGGAUAUAUUAGAAUGUGGGACCCACGGAAUGGUGAGGUGAUUUGGGAGACGAGUGAGCCAGGUUCCGGACGAAGCAGCAGGUUCGGAGAUUCGUUUGCGGACGUGGACGUUGACGUGGGUGGGUUGACGUUGUUUAAAGUCUGCUCGAAGUCUGGUGAUUUAGCAGUGGCAGAUUUGCGCAAGUUAGGUGAUGAUCCGUGGAUCUAUAUUAACGAGAAGAACCCUAGCAUGAGAUUUAUUGGUGGUGCAAGUAAUAGUGUGCUCCAUUGUUACAAGAGCCAGGUUUUUGUAGGAAGAGAUGGGAGUUUAGAGGUUUGGUCAAAAGAGAAUAACGUAGUUGGAGAGGGGUUGUAUAGGAGAAAUUUUGUGGAUAAAGUGGAGGAUUCAAAGAGAGGGGUGAUAAGGAAAAUUGAAGGGGGCGGAGAUAGGUUGUUUGUUAGUAGGGAAAAUGUUGAGGGCAUUGAAGUGUGGGAAAGUUCUUAUUUUUCUGGUGCAAUUUUGGUUUAGUGUGUGCUAGUUUAGUAAAGUUAAAAUGGCACGGGGUUUUCUCGGAUGCUAAAGAAUCCGAUUAUCUGCAGCUGCUGUAACUGGUGGCUUUCAGGAUAUCUCACUGGUAUGUGUUGGCCUUUGUGUUCAUUUUUUGCCCUUGAAUUUUACAAUGAUACAUAUUUCUUA